GGCGCGCGCCCCGCCGCGUGCCCACCCCUGAGCUGCUGCUGCAGCCUACGCUAGCCGGCCACAGCCUGCCGCGGGCGGAGCCGGGUCCAGACCCGCGCGGGGCUCGACGUGGGGCACCUGGACCGCGGCAGCGGGCAGGCGAUGCUCCAGAGACCUGAGCAGUCAUGGAGGCCGAGGCAGGCGGCCUGGAGGAGCUGACGGAUGAGGAGAUGGCGGCGCUGGGCAAGGAGGAGCUGGUGCGGCGCCUGCGGCGGGAGGAGGCGGCGCGCCUGGCGGCUCUGGUGCAGCGCGGCCGCCUCAUGCAGGAGGUGAAUCGACAGCUGCAGGGUCACCUAGGCGAAAUCCGCGAGCUCAAGCAGCUUAACCGGCGCCUGCAGGCCGAGAAUCGGGAGCUGCGCGACCUCUGCUGCUUCCUGGACUCGGAGCGCCAGCGCGGGCGGCGCGCUGCGCGCCAGUGGCAGCUCUUCGGGACCCAGGCAUCCCGGGCUGUGCGUGAGGACCUAGGCGGUUGUUGGCAGAAGCUGGCCGAGCUGGAGGGCCGCCAGGAAGAGCUGCUACGGGAGAACCUAGCGCUUAAAGAGCUCUGCCUGGCGCUGGGUGAGGAGUGGGGCCCCCGCAGCAGUCCUGGUGGCGUGGGGGGCUCAGGCACCGGGCCGACCCCGGAGCUCACCUUGCCCCCCUGCGGGCCCCGCGACCUGGGCGAUGGAAGCUCCAGCACCGGCAGCGUGGGUAGUCCUGAUCAGUUACCCCUGGCUUGUUCCCCAGAUGACUGAGGGCGCAGCUUCCUUCGCGCCGACGCCCGCCCGGAUGUCCCCCCAAGCGCCGCGGUUGCGGUGUACCUCGGGACCUGGAAGCCGCCCGGCUGCGCACGAGGGGCCGCUGGCAUGGACUUAGACACCCUGGCAAUGAGGAGGGCCCCUUGCUUUCGCUGGCGGGGCAAGAGGGGACUGGAAGCUGGAGCAGAGGGACUGGCAAGGGGCUGGGUGGCGGCUAAUAAACUGGGACGGAAGCAGA